AUGCAGCUCUCUUCCAGUGUGGCUGAACUCAGUUGUGACGAGACGAUGGACCCACCUGCUGAGGACUUCCAGCAGGUCCUGUCCAUUGACCAAAUCCGCUCCAUCCGUGCCAGCAACAACUACGUGGAGAGACCGGCCGUCUGCUUCCAGCAAACCCGCUCCAACCCAUCCCUGUCCCAGCCGCCACACAAGCAGGAGUGGUCCCAGGACCGCCUGGUGUCUUCCACUUUCCAGGACCUGCACCGCAGCCACAGCCAACAGCACCAGAUGCCACCUCUGCAGCAGCACAUGAGCCAUUCCAGCACUGCCAGCUCCGUCUCCCAGAUCACGCCCUCCCACUCCGGCCAUUCCCUCAUCCGGACGCAGCCCCGGGCCGGCGAGCUGAAAGCAGAGGAGUCGCCGUUGAAGGGGGUGUCGGAGAAGCCCACCCUCCACACUGGCCACCUCUUCAUCUGCGAGGAGUGCGGGCGCUGCAAGUGUGCUCGCUGCACGGCCGCCCGCAGCCUGCCGUCCUGCUGGCUCUGCAACCAGCGCUGCUGCCUCUGCGCCCCCGAGAGCCUCCUCGACUACGGGACUUGCCUCUGCUGCGUCAAGGGUCUCUUCUACCACUGCUCCACCGACGACGAGGAUACCUGCGCCGACGACCCCUGCUCCUGUUUUUCGGGGUCCUGCUGUGCCCGCUGGGCUGCCAUGAGCUUCCUCUCUCUCCUCAUGCCCUGCCUCUGCUGCUACUUUCCUACCCUGGGGUGCCUCAAACUUUGCCAGCGGGGUUACGACGGCCUCAAACGACCCGGCUGCCGCUGCCAGAGCCACACCAACACGGUCUGCAGGAAGAUCUCCUCCUCCAGCGGCACGCCUUUUCCCAAGACGCUGGAUAAGCCGGUAUGA